UGACAAGACUGAAAUUUUGCAAGACAAUUCGUGUUUCCCUCUUUAAUGCCGAUCUACCAAGGAAAAAAUGAGUGUGAUCGUUCUCUCAUCAUACCGGAAUCGACUCCGAGAAAAUAUUUCAUAUACGACUCCAACACGGAACCAAUGUUACGUGUGUAUGGCGGAUGGUACACAGGUGAACUUCAUAUGUAAAUACUGUCAAUUUUGAGAGUGAAGUGUUAGAGUUUUGAAGUGUUGAUCCCUCUACAGUGUUAUACGCACCCUCAUGGCAUGGGUGUUAGAAAUCUAAGUUGAGCGAUUGAAGCGAAGUUCCACUGAUUAUCUUCGAUGGAUGCGGCUAUUUCUACAGGAGAUGCUGUACCUGAAAGACGAACUAAAAGUUGGAGGCGAGAGCAUGAGGAAACUUGCACAAGACGUUAUUUAAGUAGUUAUAGUAAUGUACAAAAGGUGACAUCACCAGGGAAUGAUGAUCCUGUUGGAAGAUCUCGCUUUUCUGUAGAAUCUUCAAAUGAAAGUACAAAAGAUGAUAAUAAUAAGACUGGUGAGAAAAGUGUUCCAUGUUGUGAUAUAGAUGUUAAUCGUGUGAAGAGUAAAAUCAAUGUAAAAGAAGGGGAUGUUUGGGAAAAGGACAGAAGUACCUCAGUAGACAAUAAAAACCAAGAGAGUGUGUGUAAUGAAGUUUCAGAAUCCAAGGAAUCGUUUGUUUCAAAUGUAUCUAAGAGACGUGCAACAAAAUAUUUAGGCAGCAAUAGUGGAGACAAUGUUUUGGAUGUAGAUAGGGAGAAUGUAAGGAAAUCUGGAUCUCAUGAUACUAUUGAAAGUUUUACUGUUGAGAGAAGUUCAGGCAGCUAUGUGAAAUCCUCCAAAAGAUCCACCUUUGAUCGAAGUUACAAUGAUGAUAACACUAACAACAUAAAAACAACAAAUGAUAAACAAUAUAAACAUAAGAAUCCCGAGGGAAGUGAUUCGAAGAUAACUUGGGAAGGGAAGCACUCAGGCUCUAUAAAUUAUUCAGAUAACUCAAGAGUAAAACAUAGUGCAAAAUAUGAAGCUACCUUUGACAACAGUGAGAAUUCUUUUAGCCAAAGAGAGAGCAAAGAUAUUUGUACAAUAGAGCAGAAAAAUAAAGAUUCUACACAAUAUACAAAAAAAAGUUUUCAUAAAGUGGAUGAUAGCCAUUCUGACAGUGGCCGAAACAAUUCUGUUUUAAGUGAAACUUGUGAGAAUGAACGUGUGAAAGUGAAUGUUAAUCUGCAAAAAAAGAAAAUGAAUGAAAUGGAAAAUAAAUUUUCUUCUCAAAAUAGAGCUAAAUCAGAUGAUUCAAGUGCAUCUAAUUCAAAUGAUACAAAGCAUUUUUCUCAAGACAAUAUUCCUUGUAAUCAAGAAAGAAGUAAUCUACACACCACAAUGAUGAAAGACUGUGUUCCUGAAAAUGCACCACCAAGCAGUCAGAGUGAUAUUCUGGAGAAGACAGUGAUUCCUGGGUUUUUGAAAGAAAUAAAAGAUAGUUCCCAUAGGGAAACUGAAGUGACUUCUUUUGAAACUUACCUUGCCAGUUGUGAUGGAAAUGCUUUUACCUUAUGUAAUGACACCAUUGGUUUGUGUGUUGGUGCAGAUGGUAAAGUUCAGGUUGUAAUGCCGAAACAGAGAAUGAAACUGGAAGAUAAAUUAGCAGAAAGCCCUGAUAAUUCAGAAUUCCAAGAGAAGAUCAUUCUCCUAUCCCAGAUUAUUGAAACAGAACAGAGAAUAGCUGUAAAAGAUGUCCUUCGCUCUUUUAACAGCAACGUUGCUUCUCAGAGAUUGGAUGAUAGAUAUUUCACCAAAUUAGAUUCUAGUUUAAAGAAGAAUACAGCAUUUGUCCGAAAGUUGAAAACAUUUACCGGCAAUCAACUUGAAAAUUUGAUGAAAGAAUUCCUCUCCCUGAACCUUACAAAAUACGUUAGUGAAGUUGCUACUGCUUUAGUGGAAGCAAAAUUGAAAAUGACUGAUGUUUGGCCAGCUGUCCAACUGUGUAAUAUAUUUCACGGAACUUAUUCUGAAUUCUCCACUCAUUUGCUUGAUAACUGGCACAAAGUUUUGACAAUCAAAAAAGAUGAAAAGAUUGCAAAUGCUGCAAAAUUGAGAGUUGACAUUAGAUUUUAUGCUGAACUUAUUAAUGUGGGAAUAUUCACGCAUAAAGAAGGCUUACCUUUAAUGGGAAAUGUUCUUACAAUGUUAACUCAUUCAGAUAAAGAUGACCAUCUCAAUAUAAAUAUUCUUCUGAGUUUUUGUCGCCACUGUGGUGAUGAAUAUGCAGGACUUGUUCCUCGUAAACUGAGAGAAUUGUGUGAAAAAUAUAAUAUCACUCUUCCACGCUAUAAAUUGCUGCCAAAGGAGAAACAGCGCAAUGUGAAGGCUCUCUUGAAGGAUUACUUUAAUUCUAUGUGCAAACAUUUGUUAAAGGAACACCUUGAACUACAGGCUUUCAUUCGGCAAAACAAGAAGAUUUUGCAAACUAAAGGAGAACUCAGUUCAGAACGUAAAGAAAGACUAGAAAUACUUCAGACGUCCUUUAAUCGAAUUGCAAAUGGCACUCAGCAGUUUGCUGAAGCUCUAGAUGAAGAUCUUCCUUUACUUCCAGAAGAUGAAUCAUUGAAAAAUGAAACAUUAAUACUGAAUGGAAGUAGUGAAAGUGAAGAAGGCACGUUAACAGCAUCUCUUUGGGAAGAUGAAGAAACAAGACGCUUUUAUGAAUAUUUGCCAGAUAUGAAAGAAUUUAUGCCCAGUCUUCAAGUGCGUAUAGCUGAGCCAGAACCUCAGAUAAGUGAAGAAACACUGGAUGCUGAAUUUGAAGGAGAAUUUGGUGGGGAUAAUGAUAAUGAUGAAGAAGUUACUUUGGUGGAAAUUGAUGAAUGUGAAGAUACAGAACCGGUUGGAAAUCCUAGUAACAAGAUAUUGCUGGAUGCAUUUCUAACAGCCUUACCAAAUUGUAUUAACAGGGAAAUGAUUGAUAGUGCUGCAGUUGAUUUUGUAAUGACUCUGAAUACCAAACAUAACCGCAGGAAACUUGUGAAAACGCUAUUCAAUGUACCGCGUAUUCGACUUGAUCUUCUUCCAUUUUAUGCAAGAUUAGUUGCAACUUUACAUCCUGUAAUGCCUGAUGUUGCAUCUGAUUUAGCUCAGAUGCUUAAGCAAGACUUCAAAUAUCAUAUUCGAAAAAAGGACCAAAUGAAUAUUGAAUCAAAAAUAAAAAUCGUUCGUUUUAUUGGUGAGUUGGUAAAAUUUCGAAUGUAUUCAAAAAUUGAAGGAUUGUAUUGCGUUAAAGUACUUGUACAGGACUUUACACAUCAUCACAUAGAAAUGUGUUGUAACCUUCUGGAGUCCUGUGGUAGAUUCUUCUUUAGGCAUCCAGACUGUCAUCAACGAAUGAAAGAUCAAAUGAUGCGGAAGAAAGCUGUCAUGGCAUUAGAUUCACGAUAUGUAACCAUGAUAGAAAAUGCAUACUAUUAUGUAAAUCCUCCUGAAUCAACACAAAGUGUGGCUAAAGAACGUCCUGUAGAACAUCAAUUUAUUCGUAAAAUCUUAUAUCAAAUGUUGAUGAAAACAAAUACUGACAAAGUUCUGCGUUUAAUGAGAAAGUUAGAUUGGAAUAAUGCUGACACUCAUUCGUAUGCAGUGAAGUGUUUAACUUAUGCCUUUAAAGUAAAAUACUUCAAUAUUCGCUGUCUUGCUAGUCUUUUGGCUGGACUAGCUACCCACCAAGAAGCAGUUGGUGCGCAAGUUGUAGAUGGUGUCCUUGAAGAUAUUAGGUUGGGAAUGGAAAUGAAUCUUCCAAAAUACAAUCAAAGAAGAGUUGCCAUGAUCAAAUAUUUGGGAGAAUUGUACAAUUACAGAAUGCUGGAGAGCAGUAACAUAUUUCAGGUUCUGUAUUCAUUGAUAACAUUUGGUGUAACUUGGGAACAUGAGCAUCAAUCUCCACUAGAUCCACCAGAUAAUUUGUUCCGAAUAAGACUAGUUUGUGUAUUGUUGGAAACUUGUGGACAGUAUUUCAUAAGUGGUAUGAGCAAGAAGAAACUAGAUAUAUUCUUGGUGUACUUCCAACACUAUUUCUGGUUCAAAUACUCUGAUCCUGUAUGGACAGCAGAGACGCCGUUUCCUGUUGGAAUUAACUACAUGUUUAAAGACACAAUAACUAGUCUCCGACCCAACAUUCAUCUCAUCACUUCAUACAGUGAAGCCACAGAAGCUGUAGCAAAACUUAAGUUAGAAGAAUCUACUUCUUUGUUUCCUCAAUCUGAAACAUCAGCUGCUGAAAUAAAAGAAAUGUCAGAAGAAAAUAAUGUGAUUGCUCCAGAAGAAUCAAGCAGUCCUAUUCCUGAAGAGACUGCGUUCUCUAAAAAUGAAACCGAGGAAGAUGAUCUAAAUGAGGAUGAAGAAGAAGAAGAUGGUAUUUGUGGUGACAAUGUUGAGAGAGAACCUGAUGAUGAUGAGGAUGAGGAUUUGACUGAACCCUUGUCUGGGGACAUGGAUGAUGGUGACAUGGAUUGGGCUGGAAAUGGUGAUGCAGCUUCACACAUGUCAGAAGGAGAUAGUCAGAGUCAAGAAAUUCCAUUGCCUGUAGAUAGUGAUGGUAUUGCACUUGGCCCAAAAUUAUUGGAAUGUCCUGAAGAUGAAGACUUUUUAACAGCAUUUGAUAGAAUGGUAUCGGACAAUAUUCAAGAUCGUAUGCGUGAAACUGUGAAACCUCAGCAGGUUGAUAUAUCUGUCCCUCUCCAUAUAAAAGGAAGUGCUAAAAAAACUUAUGGACACAAGCAGCAGUACAAAAGUUUAGAAGUUCCUGUGAACUCGGAAAUGGCACUAAAUUUGAAGAACCGGGAAGAGGCUGAAAGAGCUGAGAAAGAAAAGGUGAAACGACUCACACUUGACAUAAAUGAAAGAUUGGAAGAAGAAGACUACCAAGAAAUGCUAGCUCAGGCACAACGACCUGUUGUAAUGAAUUUAAAUAGGGAGCGAAGACAUAAAUAUCAACAUCCUAAAGGUGCUCCAGAUGCAGAUCUCAUUUUUGGACCAAAGAAAGUCAGGUGAAAAAACAUGAAGAAUAACUUUAGGUUACUUGCUGGCCAUAAUGUGAAACAUUGGAGUAUAGUAGACGCCAGUGGCCAAUAUCGCCAAUUGUUUGGUGACAGAGGUUGUACCUACUGGACAUUGGCCAAGGAAGGAUAUACAGUCUGGCAAAGUUUGCUGUGGCGCAUUAAUUGUUCAUAGUGUUGAUUGGUGUGUACAAAUGACAUGAGGCUAGUGAACUGCCGAAAUUGUAAAAAUAAAUGACUUGUUUUAUUGCAGAAUGUUUCACUUCUUGAAUACUCUACUUUUUACUUUGAUG